AGAGAGAGCGCGACAAACCCAGAGUCGAAAGAUAAGUAGCCCGCGUCUCAGAGAGAGAGAGAGAGAGAGAGAGAGAGAGAUGGGGGUCUUGUUUUCCGGGGUAUUGGUAGGAUUGUGGAGCAUGUUUGUAUACGUAUAUUACAUGUUAUGGUUGAUGCCUGAGAAGAUUAGAGGAAGGCUGCAAAGGCAAGGGAUCAAUGGCCCUCUCCCUUCUUUUCUUUAUGGGAAUAUACACGAGAUGCAGAGAAUCUUAUCCGUUGAGAAGGAUAUGGCGCUCAGCCGUACUUGCAAUGGUGGACACGUGGCCCACAACUACGCUUCCACUCUCUUCCCUUACUUCGACAGGUGGAGAGAGACCUACGGCAGAAGAUCUAAGGCAUUAUUUCCAACCUUAUGGAAAGCUCGGAUCUCAUACAGGUUUUUUCAUAUUUGCACUUGUGCCCGAAGGUGGAUAGGUCCGCUAUUUAUGUACUCGACCGGAACCAUGCAACUAUUGUAUGUGAGCGACGCCGAUCUUGUGAAGGAAAUAAGCCUCCAAAAGUCUUUGGAUCUUGGAAAGCCCACAUACAUGCAGAAAGAAAGGGGCCCAUUAUUUGGUGAGGGCAUUCUAACAUCAAAUGGGUCCAUUUGGGCCCACCAGAGGAAAAUCAUAGCCCCUCAGUUCUUCAUGGACAAGGUCAAGGGAAUGGUGGAUAUAAUGGUGGAGUCCAUCAUCCCAUUAUUGAAAUCAUGGGAGAGUAGAGUUGACAAAGAGGGUGGGGUUGGAGAUAUAAGAGUUGAUGAGGAUUUGAGAAGCUUCUCUGCAGAUGUAAUCUCAAGAGCUUGUUUUGGGAGCUCUUAUUUUAAAGGAAAAGAGAUAUUUUUAAGGCUUAGAGCUCUACAACAGGCCAUGUCUACGAAAAGUUUACUUAUAGGGGUUCCUGGCUUGAGGUAUCUUCCAACCAAGAACAAUAGAAACACUUGGAGGUUAGACAGAGAGAUCCGGUCAUUGAUUUUGAAGCUAGUAAAGGAACGCAGAGAAGAAUCCCUGGCAACGUCAGAAAAGGACCUGUUACAAACUAUUCUCGAAGGCGCCAACUCUGAUCAGAUCAAGCCUGAUACAACCGACCGCUUCAUAGUUGACAAUUGCAAGAACAUCUACUUUGCGGGGCAUGAGACAACGGCCGUAGCUGCCACAUGGACCUUGAUGUUACUUGCAUUGAACCCAGAGUGGCAGACCCGUGCUCGUGCUGAGGUUUUAGAGGUUUGCGGGGGCCAACUUCCAGAUGUUGAUAUGAUCCGAAAGAUGAAAGUGGUGACAAUGGUGAUUCAAGAGAGCUUGCGUCUAUAUCCUCCGGCCGCAUUUCUAUCAAGGGAGGCAUUACGGGACAUGGAAUUAGGAGGCAUCCAUGUUCCCAAAGGCCUCAAGCUAUGGAUACCGAUCCUGACCUUACAUCAAAAUCCUGACAUCUGGGGCCCAGAUGCACAUGAGUUCAACCCGGAGAGGUUUGCGCAUGGCAUUUUCAACGCUUGCAAGCUUCCACAUGUGUACAUGCCGUUUGGGGCCGGGGCCCGCACAUGUGUGGGCCAGAACUUUGCCAUGGUAGAAUUGAAGGUGGUCCUUUCAGGGAUCUUGGGUAAGUUUUCAUUCUCACUUUCUCCAGGCUAUUGUCAUUCACCAGCAUUUAGAUUGACUGUAGAACCUGAGCAUGGGCUUAACCUCAUCAUAAGGAGGGUGUGAUUUGAAUUGAUUGUAAACAGGUAUAAGAAAUUGUUUGAUUUUGUUUACCAUGGGCCCACACCUAUAAUUCAUGUAUGACAGUUUAAAUGAACAGUUUCAUUUUUUUA